UCUCUCUAAAACAUAUCAAACUCUCUCCCUCUCUCUCUUGCUUCCUCUGGUAAGGACUCAGAAAUGGGUUCCUCGGUUCGUACCAGUCUUAGCUUCACUGCCAUAGCUCUCCUCCAUCUUCUUGUUCUUGUUUCUGGUCGGAAAGCAAAUGGUGCAAGAAGACGCAGUGAGACGAGUGGUACCUGUGAUUUCUUCAAUGGGAGAUGGGUCUUGGACGAGGCGUACCCACUCUACCAUCCCAGCACGUGUCCGUUCAUCGAGCGGGAGUUCAGUUGCGAGAAGAAUGGCCGAGCUGACCAGGACUACACCAAAUACAGAUGGCAACCCCAUGACUGUAACUUAGAGAGAUUUGACGGCAAAGCAUUUUUAGAAAAAUUUAGAGGGAAGAGCUUCAUGUUUGUUGGAGAUUCAUUGAGCCGGAAUCAAUGGCAAUCGUUGACGUGCUUGCUUCACUCAGCUGUGCCAACAGCUAAAUACAAUGUCACUAGAGAGGAAGAUGUUUCUAAUUUCGAGUUUACGGAUUAUGGAGUCAAAGUGAUGCUAGACCGCAAUGUGUAUCUAGUAGAUACUGUCAGAGAAAACAUUGGUAGGGUUUUGAAGCUUGAUUCAAUUGAGGGAGGCAAGUUGUGGAAGGGAAUCGACACCCUCAUCUUCAACACAUGGCACUGGUGGAAUCGCAGAGGACCUUCGCAACCAUGGGAUUUCAUUGAAGUUGGAGGCAAGAUUAUGAAAGACAUGGAUCGGAUGCUUGCUUUUGAGAAGGCACUCACAACUUGGAGUCAAUGGGUGGAUACAAACGUUGAUCCUGCAAAAACUAAAGUUUUCUUCCAAGGGAUUUCACCCUCCCAUUACAAUGGGACUGAUUGGGGUGAGCCAAAAGCAAGGACUUGCGAGGGGCAGAAGGAGCCUUUGUUGGGGUCGACCUACCCAGGAGGGUUGCCACCAGCUCUGGGUGUGCUGAAGAAUGCUUUAACCAAAAUCACAAAGCCUGUGACAUUGCUGGACAUAACAAACCUCUCCCUCCUUCGUAAAGAUGGCCACCCUUCAAUUUAUGGGUUGGGAGGCCGCACAGGGAUGGAUUGUAGUCAUUGGUGUCUUUGCGGAGUCCCAGAUACUUGGAACGAGAUUCUUUACAAUUUUCUUCUUUGAAGUACAUUACUCAGUGUACACCAUGGAAGGAAAUAUAGGUGAUCACAGUUGAAAUAGUUCUUAGAAAAUCAACAAGAUUAAAAAUGAUAGGAUCCUUUACAAGAUUCUUCUUAGGACCCAUUGUUAAGAUUACCUAGCUAGUUAGCUUGGAACCAAAAAGUUGGGAUGGAUUCAAGGUUUUCUUUUUCUUCCGAGUAAA